UGAUGACCUAGAGGUUUUUAUUUCAAUCAUUUUUAUUCCACGCCAGUCCCAGUGUAAGUCAGCAGAAGCAGUAUGAUAGUGAUGAGCGGACAGAAUGAUCCAACGUAGUAAAAAAGAGGCCUAGAUGAAGAUCUAGAUGCACCAAGUUGAAGAAGUACUAGGAACCCAGUGAUUUUUGAUAUUGAAAUGAAACUAUUGGAUCCGGUUUCGACCUCGGCCGGUUCCACAGCGACACGGGAUAGCGCAUAGUUGUCCACCAUGAGAGCCACGGUCUACCCACGACCACCCGCGUGUAAUACGGGUCCGCGUGGACCUGCUUCGCUUUUCACCGGGCCUGCGUAUGCGCGCAAUUUUGCCGGCAGCCAUCGGAGGACGGCGUUCGGUUCCGGUUCAAGCGGAUCAUCGAGUGGCGCCUUGUCAUCGAGCGCACUAGGAGUCUCCGCGUCCCGUGCCGACCGAAGCAAUCCUCGUGGUGGGGCAACUUCCGGUAUUGAUGCAGGUCUUCACAUUAAGAAGAAUGGAGCCUGGAAGCGAGACGGGAACAACAAGGAGAAUCUAGAAGGCGCAGUUGCACAGCUGACGCAGCGAAAUGACCGAGCCUUCGAGAAGGAGGCUGCUGUGCGCACUGCUGGCCUUUCAGGAGACGGAGGAAAACAGACACACUUGCAGUAUCCGAAUUGGCCGACUUAGGGGCACUACUCAUAUUCAUCUUGAGAGGCAUUUUGGCAUGCUCUCAUCUUAUUCUUCUUGGCAUGCUUUCAAGGGGAAAAAGAGGCCAAGGUAGAUGCACUUCAAGAGGAAUAUCGCUAAGGUCUAACCGAGGCGCUUGCUUGGGCAAGGCGAUUACUUCAACAAGAGCGUUCUGUUCGCUCUAUCGACGCGGCCGCACAGUGAAGGGAGAGACAGGGUUCUCCCCACUGCGCAGAGGCCGUCGGAUCAAGAGCUCAUCUGUGUUGAGUACCGAUCGAAAGACGAAAUGUUCAACGACUUUCAACUCAAAAAUGAUCAGUGCGUAUUGGUACUUCUUUGUGCAUUUGCCGUUGCCUUGUAGGUUUGAUUUAAAAGCAAUACAGCGGAAAAAUCUCUACUUGUCGUUUUCUCGGUCACCUACCACAAAAUAUAUCAUAAAAAAUUUUGUUCCAACGAAUUUCCCUUUUUUGAAUCAGAAUCAAGAGCCCUAGAUCAUCUAUAUCUAAGUAAGUAACUAAAACUACGCCUGAUCACUACUUGUGAUGAACAUGAACCAGUGAUUGUGAACUACGCUUAGCACAGUGGAAAAAUCCAAGUCAUUUCAUCCUGGAGGGAUUUCAUUCCAUGUACAAUAUUUACAUACAAUACCACUUACGACCAUGACGUAGAUACAAUUUUAUGUUUUAUCCUUCAAUCAUGUUUAUUAUUUAUCUCGUCAAUAUUUGAGCUUGAGAAGAGCUCUAUUAUUUGAGAUGCAGCACGAUGAUUGCACUUCUAAUCUAUUUAGAUUCACACCUUUUAUCCGACUUACAUUUGCGCACUUAUGCAGGUCGAAGUGAAUUCGCUGGGGCACGCUUUUUCGCAGGGCAUAUCAGAAGGAUUCCAACUCGUGUUCGUGGAUGGUGUGCGCGUGAAACACGCUGACGUCUGUGACACGCUGGAGAAGCUGGAAAGGUUAAGGCUUACUGUUGGAAUUGUAAUUCAUCUCUGUCUUAUUUUGAUAAGAAAGUAGGUGCGUGUAUCUAUAUCUUCGACACGUUAUUUUCAUGGGGAAAAUGGUCAAAGAUGAGGCACUCUGGAGGAGAAUAUUAUGGGUAAUCUCUAACAAGGUUUCCAGCGAUGUUAGGCUUCGCGUCACCACUUGCGGAGCCGCCCAAUCUCUCUGACCGGCAGUGCGCUGCCCGGCUCGGACUGAACCACGUGAGACAGAAGCUUUUGCAGCGAGCGAGCGAACUGAUGGACGCACUAAUGGUCCGCGAAGGCACAGAAUAUCAUAUGACAAGAAAGAAAACUGUACUCUUGUUACUCAAGAAAAGAGGCACUUAAUGUUAACUGUUGGUUCUUACUUUAGAAACAACAACAAGGGCCUACGUACUACUACUAGAAGUUUGAGUUCUUGUUUCUUGAGGAUCGAAGAUGAGUACUUGCGCUUUUCCUUUCAUAGAUCCCGAUCGACGUUUCCGGCUCACGUUCUCAAAGUUUAGCACAGUGCUGCGCAACGCAGGGCUGCUGGCGUUGCGCAAAAACGAGGCUCGUGACAUUUUCGAAGCACUAGUUAAGAUUGUUACUAUGUAGCUAGCUCUGGAUCAAGAUUCCCAAGCCGAAGUUUCAUCUGAAGUCUUGUUUGUUUGUGUUGUUGGUACUAUUCGCCUAUAAUUUAUAGCGAGACGAAGAGUACGGGGAUGUCGAUAUGUCCGAGUGGCAAUUUGGAUUGAGCGACAAAAUUAUGUAUGACGAGCAAUAUUCGCACAUUUUGCAUCCAGUGACACGCCAGAAUAUCCGCGACAUCAGUAGGUUUAUGGAGCAAGCGUUACGUAAAAAGAAACACCGCGCGCUGACCUGCAACGAGGUGGCCAGUUGCCUAUUUCGCGGUGGCGUCACAUGUUAAGGCUCAAUACGAAUGCAAGUAAAUUCUACGGGCCAUUUGUUUCUCCCGGUUUCGUUCUUGGGAUCAUCCAUUAAGAGAAAUGCAGACAAGAAGUGGAUUAUUUUGAGCUCUAAACUUGGCUCACGAAGGAGCAGAUGGGCUGGAUUUUCGAGUAUCUUGACGAGGAUAAAGACGGAUUCGUAUUACGGUUCAUUUUCUGAUGAUUCCUUUUCGGAGCGCAUUUUGUCUGAGACUGAGUAACAAGUGCAAGGUCGCUGAAUAAAUAUUCUGAAUCUGAAAAAUAUGCAAGUAACAAACAUGAUAACCGAGGAUCUGAGAUUAUUCCCUAGCAUACUCGGUUCCCUUUCAGUUUAAGUUUUUUGAUUACUUACACAAAAGAAGGGAGGUGAUAGAUGAAAAUGAACUGCUGAAAGCUCUAAUGUUCACUUUUCCCGAGUGGGCAGCACAGUUCCACUUUGACUUGAUUGAGGCCGCGCAUGAGGUUCAGCGAUUUCUGCUCAAUAAAUCCAGUUUCACAUCAGCGGGGAAGGGCAGCGGCGGGCACGCCCAUGCGCCAGCCGCGCGACGCAGCAAAAGGAGCACCUUGGUUCCAAAGGAGAUGGAUCUCGAUCUCUUCAUCUUGACUCUUCAUGCCAUCGGCGUCCACUGGCUGAACAAGGACCAGUGCGCACAGCUCUUUUCCAUGAUGGAUGUCAACCGCAAUGGCAUCGUCGCGGAGGAGGAAGUGCAGCACAUUGGCGAGCUCGUCGAGGCCUACUUCGAGAAUCGGGCUCUGCGGCGUACCGUUACUUCGCUUGCCGCGCGCCCUGUAGUGCUCCGUAAAGAUGAUGUUCGUGAUGCGCGUACGGCAGCACCAGUGGUCUCAGAGUCUGAGACGGUGCAAUAUCAAGAGCCGCGGCUUCUUGCCGGAGAAGUUGAGGCAGCAGCAGCCACCCAGUUUGACUUCAGUGCCGCGAUGAUACCACAGACCAAUAUGCGUCACGUAGUACACGCUGAAAUUGAAAAUGUCGCGAAGCCUGGGAUUCUAGUGGAAGAGUGCAGCGAAACAGAGCAAGCGGUAGACACAGAAGCGCUCGCGCAACGGCUAUCGCGGGACCUUUCGCUUGAUGUUUUAGACAAAAGCAUAGAGGAUCACGGUGCUCAUUAUGCGAGUUCGGGCAACUCGGCUGAUGAGGUGCUAGAAAUGACAUUCCCGGUCGCGGACAUCAGGCCGUUGCAUCCGUUGCUUCGUGAAGAGCGCGAAUCAGACAAGUCACAUGAGCAUUAAGAAUAGUGUAUUGGCGCACUGCAUGUGGUCGUGGUCUGCCAUAACUUUUUGCUCUUACCAUUUACUAGAAUCGCUAAGUAACGUGGAUCAUGUUGUUUAGAUUACGACCUUUGCUUUUUAAUGUUGCUGGUAAGUAUGAUAAAUUUAGACAGAGUGAGAGAGUCGCCAACAUAGAGUGCCGUGGUCGGCGCGUUGUAGGCGCAUCUCAUAUUUACCCUAGGGCUUAGGGCUAGUAGUUUUUUGGGAUUUUGAAGGUGUUGUGACAGACGUUUCCGCGGCAAUUCAAGCGGGUGUUUAGGUCGAAUAAUGUUGAUCUUCUGCUAAUGAGAACAAGCAGUCGGCACCCAGAUGGAGAGUUUGCAUAUGCUGGAAAUUCAAAGCGGGAUAAGCCACGAUAUCACUCACCCUGCGCCACAGCCUCGAACUGCGCCACAGUCUCUCCCGGAACAGCAGUUAAAUGUGCUGCCGCCGCUGGGCGAGGAGAAGGGUGCGUACGAAGGGACGCAGUCGCUUCUAUACCGCCAGGUGCUACACGCGGACCAAGUCGGCAGUCUCACGGAAGUGCGCAUGGACCUCAGGGAUGAUGGCGAGGAUUUCCUCGCUGACGGAGACGCGAAAACACGACCGGGCGAAGUAGUGGUCGCGCGCGAAGUGUCAAACUCUUAAGGCUUCCCCUAAUCUCCCACUUUAAGAAGCAUCGUGAAGCUGUCCUCCUCCUCUAAAAAUGAGAGAGAGAAGUCCGGAUGCUUCUCAAAAUGGGGAGAUUACUUAGGGGUGAGCUCGUCUAAAACUCUCUGCUGUCGAACAGCAUGGAACAGCAUCUCCGCGGACUAGGGCUUUCGGCGCCAGACACCGCGCACGCUGGUGAUGCGGCCAACGUCUUACCGCGGAUCGAAGUUCUGCCGGGUGUUGAUGGUGCGCCUGACACAAGGGAUAGUGAAUGGGAGAUGGAAAACCAUGCGUCUCGACAACACGUGCAGGCGGCUCGGUCGCAUUCGUAUUAUCACGGACAAGACGAGAAGGUCGCCGUCGUCCCAGGAGCCCCGCCAGUUGGAGCUGUGCAUGGUGCACGACACGAGUUAACCGGCAUAGGCGCAGAUGAAGCUUACUCCAGUGACGAUGAACAUCUUGGCGCUGCAGAAGAAAUACCGUCAGAAGAAGUGGUAGACGAUGAGGAUGACCCUACUUUGGGUGCAUCCCAGUAUGUAACGUCGCAUCGGCUGACUACCAGAAAAGUGAAUCUAGAGCAACGUGAAGAUAAAGAUGAGAAUGAAAAGAACGACGCAGCUGUUGAUGCCAGCAACUCAGUGCCGUUCAAGGUGCAUAGUAGUAGCAACGCUGGUCCAGUGAGUUCUUCUUCCUUUGAUAGGGAUCGGGGGAUGCACUUUGCGGCCCUUCUAGGCAAGAGCAGACAAGACACGCAAAGCAAGACGCGCAAGCUGAGCAACAGCGCUUCCUCCGAAAAAAGCAGUGGCUCUAGUAGCGGAGGAAGCAAUGUGCUGAUGCCAGUUGAUCGGGCUUCGCGUGGCGCAAAUGCGUCGCUGUCGUCUUCCCGACACUUCGCGGAGGAUGAUCCUGAUCCUCUGUCUGUUAUGGGCGCGUUCGCCACAAACUUUGGCGAAGUGCCGCACCGCACUGCAGGUGGCGAACCGAGCCCAACCGGCCUAAACGCAAGCAUUCUCGGAGAAGAUGCCCUACACGAAGAAGAUGACGAAAUCUUUACUGAAUUCGAUGAGGGUGGAGAGCAGGGCAACCUUUCGUCUGGAGAUGUGGUUCCCCACAGGUCACGACCGACAUGAAGAGUUAGGAUUGACACAAGCUUAGAUAUAUUAUAU